UUGUAAAACAUGUUUUUCCCCUGGCCUUCUUAAAUAUUCUUUUCCAGGAAAAUACUAAUGGGAUCUCUUUAGACUAAUUUUUUAUUGGGUAGUUCUAGAUUUUCUUCAUUUUAGUUCAAUUCAAAUCAAUAAUGCCGUUCAAUUUCUUUAUUCUUUAUUAUAUUGUCGUACUUAUCAACCAUAACCUGCCUAUUCAAAGCAUCUCUCCUCCCACUUUCUUUUACCAUUUCUAAUUCUUGUCUUUCUCUUUCAUAUUAUAUACCCUCAAAUCUCCUUGAAAACCCAGAGUUUGUUUUUCUUUUACAUCCAAUUUGUUCAAUCCAAUAAAGAUCCUUUUUUUUGUUCAUUUCUAAACAGCUGCCAUAGAUUUAUUGGAGUACCAGUUUUGGAUAUUGGUCAGAUUUCAUUAAUAUUCAUUCAGUUAAUGGCUAAUACAAUUUGCCACGAAACUCUGUCCUUCGGAGGGUCGAGCCAUGGUCAGGGCCAACAAAUUCUGCCAUUUAAGACCGGUAAAGAGUCCUUGAGAGUUUUGCUCUUACAUGGCAACUUAGAUAUUUGGGUCAAGGAAGCUAAAAACCUUCCUAACAUGGAUAUGUUCCACAAGAAGUUAGGUGAUGUGUUUGGAAAGUUUAGCUUGAAGGUUGGCAACAAAGUGGAAAGCCAUAUGCCUAAGAUAACCAGUGAUCCUUAUGUUACAAUCUCCGUAGCUGGUGCUGUAAUUGGGAGGACUUUUGUUAUUAGUAAUUCCGAGAACCCGGUUUGGAUGCAACAUUUUAACGUUUCUGUUGCACAUUAUGCCUCGGAAAUCCUCUUUGCUGUUAAAGACAGUGAUGUGGUAGGCUCGCAGAUCAUGGGAGCUGUUGGUAUUCCGAUUGAACAGCUAUUCUCAGGCACAAAAGUUGAAGGAACAUUCCCUAUCCUUAGUGCCAAUGGGAAGCCUUGUAAGGCUGGUGCUGUUUUGACUUUAUCAAUUCAGUACAUUCCAAUCCAGCAAGUGGCGAUUUACCAUAAGGGAUUAGGUUCAGGUCCUGAAUAUCAUGGGGUCCCAGGUACAUACUUCCCUCUUAGACAAGGUUGCAAACUUACUCUAUAUCAAGAUGCUCAUAUCCACGAUGGUUUCCUUCCCAAUUUGAAGAUUGAUGGCAAUGUUCAAUACGAGCAUGGGACCUGCUGGCAGGACAUUUGUAAUGCUAUAGGUCAGGCUCGUCGUUUGAUAUACAUUGCAGGGUGGUCUGUGUAUCAUAAUGUUAGACUUGUUCGUGAAACUGAUAAGGCAUCAAAAACCACAUUGGGAGAUCUUCUCAAAAUUAAAUCCCAGGAAGGUGUGCGGGUGUUGCUCCUUGUAUGGGAUGAUCCUACUUCCAGGAGCAUUUUAGGAUAUAAAACGGAUUUGCAGGAAGGAAUCAUGAAUACAAAUGAUGAAGAGACUCGCCGUUUUUUCAAGCACUCUUCAGUGCAAGUGUUACUCUGCCCUCGAACUGCUGGAAAAGGAAGCUGGGCAAAAAAGCAGGAAACUGGAACAAUCUAUACCCAUCAUCAGAAAACUGUGAUUGUUGAUUCUGAUGCCGGUAACAAUAAAAGAAAGAUUACGGCAUUUGUUGGUGGUCUUGAUUUGUGCAAGGGUCGGUACGAUACUCCAAACCAUCAACUUUUCAGAACACUAGAAACAGUGCACAAAGAUGACUUUCACAACGCUUGCUUCACGGGACCUGAUGCUGGUUGUCCAAGAGAACCAUGGCAUGAUUUGCAUUGUCGAAUCGAUGGUCCAGCUGCUUAUGAUGUACUCACCAACUUUGAGGAGCGUUGGUUAAAGGCUUCUAAACCUCAUGGGCUUCAAAAACUAAAGACUUCCGUUGAUGAUUCCUUACUAAAGAUUGAAAGGAUUCCUGAAAUUGUUCGGAUGUCAGAAAUCCCUUAUUCGCGCAAAGAUGAUCCGGAAACUUGGCAUGUUCAGGUUUUCCGUUCAAUCGAUUCCAACUCUGUGAAAGGUUUUCCGGAUGACCCGAAAGAUGCUAUAAAAAUGAACUUGGUGUGUGGGAAGAAUGUUCUUAUAGACAUGAGCAUUCACACUGCCUAUGUGAAUGCAAUCCGUGCUGCUCAACGCUUCAUCUACAUCGAGAAUCAAUACUUUCUUGGAUCAUCAUAUAAUUGGGAUUCUCAUACAGAUUUAGGUGCAAACAAUUUAAUACCAAUGGAAAUCGCUCUGAAAAUUGCUAACAAAAUCAGAUCAAAUGAGAGGUUUUGUGCUUACAUUCUCAUCCCAAUGUGGCCAGAAGGAGUUACAACCAGCAAUCCUAUCCAAAGGAUUCUCUUUUGGCAGCAUAAAACAAUGCAAAUGAUGUAUGACAUAAUUUACAAGGCAUUGGUGGAAACUGGACUUGAGAAUAGAUAUGAGCCUCAAGAUUUUUUAAAUUUCUUCUGUCUUGGCAAUCGAGAAGUAGAAGAUUCUUUGGUUGUUAGAGAUGCCACUGCAUCAAAUACUCCUCAGGCACUUGCUAAGAAGAACCGGCGCUUUAUGAUUUACAUCCACUCUAAAGGUAUGAUAGUGGAUGAUGAGUAUGUCAUAAUAGGAUCCGCUAACAUAAACCAGCGCUCAAUGGAAGGCACUAGAGACACUGAAAUAGCAAUGGGUGCUUAUCAGCCUGACCAUACCUGCUCAAGCAAACGAUACAAUCCACAUGGGCAGAUUUACGGAUAUAGGAUGUCACUAUGGGCAGAGCAUAUUGGAGGUCUUGAAGAGAGUUUCAAGCAACCAGAGAGUCUGGACUGUGUAAGGCGGGUGCGGUCUUUGAGUGAGCAAAACUGGAAACAAUACAUAGCUGAUGAGGUGACAGAAAUGAAGGGCCACCUUCUGAAGUAUCCGGUGGAAGUUGAUCGGAUGGGCAAGGUAAAGGCACUUCCUGGCUGUGAAACAUUCCCAGAUGUGGGUGGAAAAAUUUUGGGUUCAUUUAUGGGCCCUCAAGAAAAUCUCACAAUCUAAACGACUUACGAAAAACAGAUUAUUUUUUUAGCUAAGCAUUAGAUGGCGUCAUUGAAAUUUGUGAGUUGUAAACCAUUUGUUAAAUAGCAAUGUGUGUAAAUUUGUUCAUUUUAAGACAAUUACUCGUGAAUAUAUAUUCUGAUUACAA